AUCUCUCCGGUGGGCCGCCAAUAGAUAAAAGAUAUAUAUUGUCAGGUUUUUCGAGGUUUAAUACUUUCUUUAUCUUUAUCGUACAGAGCUGUGUUUAUAUCUAUCCAUCUCUUUGUAUGUAACACAGCACACCCUUUUAUUCUGUGUGAAUAUUCUUACCGCUACUAAAAAAAGAUUCUGCUAGGACAUAAUUGAAAUGGCUUGCAUUUCACAUAGUUUCGGAGUUUCCAUGAAAUUAAAUCAGCUGCCUUUUUCGGGUCAGAGGCAGUUUCCAAAGAAAGUUUCUCAACUUUUCUUCCUGCAACCCAGAACUCUGAAAUCAGUAGUGUUUUGUGGUUCACAUACUUAUCACAGUAUGAAGCGUUUUCAAUCCUUCACCGCUAUUUUCAACAGUGUUUCUGCAGAUCAUGCCAUUUCUGAAGAAAGAGUUAGUGUUCUGGUUAUUGGUGGUGGUGGAAGAGAACAUUCACUUUGUUACGCCUUGAAGCGGUCUCAGUCCUGUGAUGCUGUUUUUUGUGCCCCUGGAAAUGCUGGCAUUUCUAAUUCAGGGGAUGCCACCUGUAUUGAAGAUCUUGAUAUAUUUGACAGUUCAGCCGUGAUAGAUUUUUGCCGUAAAUGGGAAAUUGGGCUUGUUGUGGUGGGUCCUGAAGCUCCUCUUGUUUCAGGUCUCACAAAUGAUCUUCUGAAAGCUGGGAUCCAUGCUUUUGGCCCUUCUGCAGAAGCUGCUGCUUUGGAAGGUUCCAAGAACUUCAUGAAGAGUUUAUGUGAUAAGUACGGAAUUCCAACCGCAAAGUAUGCAACAUUUACGGAUCCGUCGGCUGCAAAAACGUAUAUCAAGGAUCAAGGGGCUCCCAUAGUUGUUAAAGCAGACGGGUUGGCUGCAGGAAAAGGAGUUAUUGUUGCUAUGAGUCUGCAGGAAGCAUUUGAAGCUGUUGACUCGAUUCUUGUAGGGGGGUCAUUUGGAAAGGCGGGUUCUUCCAUAAUUAUAGAGGAGUUUUUGGAUGGUGAAGAAGCGUCAUUUUUUGCUCUUGUUGAUGGUGAAAAUGCUCUACCUUUAGAAUCUGCACAGGACCAUAAACGAGUUGGUGAUGGAGAUACAGGUCCAAACACAGGUGGAAUGGGGGCAUACUGUCCUGCGCCUGUUUUGACACAGGAACUUCAAUCUUUGGUUAUGAGUUCUAUAAUUCUUCCCACGGUUAAAGGGAUGUCAAAAGAGGGCUGCAAGUUUGUUGGAGUUCUGUAUGCAGGACUUAUGAUUGAGAAGAAAUCUGGGUUACCCAAAUUAAUAGAGUACAAUGUGCGUUUUGGAGAUCCUGAAUGCCAGGUAUUGAUGCUUCGUUUGGAGUCUGAUCUAGCACAAGUCCUACUUGCUGCUUGUAAAGGUGAACUAAACUCUGUGACUCUCGAUUGGGCCCCUGGUUCAGCCAUGGUGGUGGUCAUGGCUAGCAACGGCUACCCUGGAAACUAUGUGAAAGGAACCAAAAUUCAAAACCUUGAAGAAGCAGAGGUAGCAGCUCCAUGUGUUAAAAUAUUUCAUGCAGGAACAGCCGUAGAUGCAGAUGGCAAUUAUAUUGCAACUGGAGGCCGUGUUUUGGGAGUCACAGCAAAGGGAAAAGAUCUUGAAGAAGCAAGAGAUAGAGCUUACCGGGCUGUUGAAGAGAUAAAAUGGGAAGGUGGGUUUUAUCGAAAAGAUAUUGGUUGGAGAGCACUUCCAGUGAAACAAAUUUCCUAAAAAUUCCAGACGGAUUGACAUCAAUUUUGGUACACUGUUACAUGGCUGUCUCAAGCAGUUUGAGCUCCAUUUGAGUUAUUGGGGAGAUUCACAAUAAUCGGCAUGGUUUUUGUCCACCCUGAAAUAGGUGUAGGUUUAGUUUGAAAACAUAUGAUGAUGAGCCCGUUCAACAUGUAGUGUUUGAUUGCAUCUGCAACGAUAUUGUAGUGACGUGCUAGUAAUUGACGAGCUCAAAUAAUUAACCAUGAUCAUGAGAUCUGCUCAUUUUAGCAUCUAUUCUGAAAAGAAGUUGUCAAGAGUCGAGACCAUUGUUUCAAAUUCUCUUUCAACCUAAAUCAACUGAUAUAAUUAUAUGUACUUUCAUGCCUAUAUUC